GCUUAUUAAACCCUUUGAGCGUCUGCAAAAGGUGGUAGAGAUGACAAUCAUGAUAAGGAACGUUGAAGAAGUGACAGAUACAUAAAGCGCGUAGACAUGUGAUCGUAGACACCGCAAAGAAGCUUUGGCUGCUGUAAAAACCCCGUCAAUCCACUUACCCUUCCAUCCCACCACCACUCUGCAAAAUGGCCACCGAACCACCAAAGGACACUCCAUUCAAGCCGUCAGAACUUGCAGCUUUCGACGGUACGGACUCAUCUAAGCCAAUUUACGUUGCAAUCAAGGGCAUUGUCUACGAUGUGACAAAGAAACCCGAGAUGUAUGGAGCUGGAAGUGGCUACAACUGCUUUGCUGGAAAGGACGCUUCAAAGGCUCUAGGCAAGUCCUCCCUUAGCCCUGAAGACUGCGUUGCCGACUACAGCAGUUUGGACGAAAAGGAGAUGGAAACUCUUAACGGCUGGGUAAAAUUUUUCCAGCAAAGAUACAAUAUCGUUGGCAAAGUUGUGGACGAGUAGUUGAAGCUGAAAGAUGUGUGCCAUUUAGCAUGCCCUAAACUCACUUUUAGUAGAGGGUAGUUUACAGUACUUAUGUAUAUAAACAAGAAAUAGC